AAAAAUAGUUUCUUCAUUCUUGCUCGGUUUCCCCGUAAUGAGGGGGGACUCUUUUCCAAUCCUCCAGCUGCCACCCAAUGUUCUACACAAAACACUCCGGAGUAUGCAGUUUUUCGAUUUAAUGAUCUUCUCACUUGUAUCAAAAGCGACUAGAAAAGCCACACAGGCGCUCGAAUUAGCGGCUCUCGGAAUUUUGGUGAAGAUUGACCAAGACUUGAAAAUCACCAUUUACAACGGAUCAAUCGGGUUCUAUUUGGACAUUUACUAUGAUAGAGUUGCAAAUACUCGAUUGGAAGGCGGGAAUGUUGGUAUAGGAAUCGAAAGAUUGCCAACUGGCACAGUUUAUCUGAAACGUUCUGAUCUUUCUCCGCGACAAUGCCUCGAUCACUUCCAAGAAGUUUUUUGGCAUUACAAGAAGAUUUUUAUUGAAAUUGAUCAUACCGUAACCGACUACCAAUCGAUUUAUGAAGAAUUUAAAGGUAUCAAGUUCAACUCCCUGACGAUGUUGAUGAAUCGAGCAAAUGGAGAAGAUGAAUGGGCUCGAAAAUGCGCAAUGAACUUUUCCCGGCAGUGUGACGAGAUUGACUUGGACGGCGAGCCACUAUUCACGCACACUGCUUGUGAAUUUCAAAACCUUGCUUGUCAGAAAUUCAAACAAUUUCAUUCGUCCAAGAAAUGUACAUUGAACGAUUUGCUGGUUAUGGAAGCAAAAGAUUUUGUUUCGUCGAUUGAUUUUGAGGAGCUCAACUUGUUUCUGAAAUUCUGGAUCAAAGGAUUUAUUCAACAUCUGAAAUGUGUGGAGUUGUACGUGGAAAGUGAUACAUCUGAUCUACAAAACAUUGCGAUCUUAUUCAAAAACAUCAGUUAUGAGGAGGCACCUAAUGAUAAGGUGUUUGAGUACAAAUAUCGACUGGUUUGUAGAGGAGGACGGUAUAUUCAAAGCAAUGAUGGGAUUACGGCAGUGGUCGGAUUUGAUGACUUUGAUAAUUGUGUGAAGCUAAUUGUGUUGGAUUGAUUUUUUAUUCUUGUGAGGUGUUUUUGAGAUUGUGAAUGAAUAUUUGAUGACUGAGA